AACAUAAAAAAAAAAAAAAAGCAGCAACACACACAUCAAAAACAAAAAGCGAUCAUUUAAGUUGUUCUGGGUUGGUGGAUUAGAUUCGUUUCGAUAACUCUCUUACUUGGAUUGUGGUGGAACUACGACUCCUGCCAUUGUUUUCUCUUUGAUUUAAGGUGGUAAUUUUGUUGGUUUUGGUGUUAAUUGUGUUUCAUUAUUAUUGAAACCAAUUUGGGAGGAUGUAUCCUGGCUGUAGAUUCUUGGAUUUUCACCCCCGGCAGAUGGAACAAAUGUCUUAUGCUCCCCAUCACUGCCCUGGUCUUGGAUAUGUGAAGAUGGAUACUGCGAGGCCCCCUGUCGCCUUUCCUUGUUAUGCUUGUCCAUAUCCAUUGCCGUACUACGGCUGCUAUCACAACCACAACCAAGUUCCGGAAUAUCCUGCUCAUCAUCCUCAUUAUGCACCACCCCCGCCAGUUUAUUGUCAUGGAAACUACCCUCCGCUUCCAGGAAACUACCCCUUUCAAUAUCUUCCUACUCAGCAUUAUUCUGUGGUGGAUCCACGUUAUGAGUAUGACAAGAAGGGUCCGGUAGAUCAUCAUUGUUGUGGAUGUCCAAACUACCUGUGCCAGCAGAAGGAGAACAAAAAUGUCAAGAUCGAGGAACAAACUUUCGAUAAUGACAAGGACAGAGUUGUCUCUUGGGUUCCUCCUGAGGUGAAAGAUCAAUCAUAUCCACUUCUAUGGAUUCCACCAGGCUACAAAAGAAGUGAACAAGGUGAACAAACUAUUAAACCAGAAUCUAAUAGCGAGACCAGUCUUGACAAGGAAGCCAAGGAAUGCUUGAAGCCUCGUGGGCAGGAGCCAGGUGUUUGGAGCGGGUGGUUACCCAUAGAUCUAAACAACCUUAAAUCUCUAGGACAGGUGAAAGGCGAUGAAGGGACUGAACCUCAACAAAACGAGGAAUGUAAAAGUUCAUAUCCAGUGGGUUUCAUGCCUUGCAAUCCCAAACAGGACAAAGUGGAGCAUAAAGAUGGAGAUCAAAAGUCUAUUUGGGAUCCUUCACAGUAUGGAAUAUUUCCUCUAAAGUUUAUUGAAAAUCAGGAUAAGAAGACUAUGCCUGAGGGAGAUACAGAACACCCUGAAAAGUUUAGAUCAGAGGAUGGUCCAAGGCCCGGAGAUAAAAAUGUCGUAAAGAAGAUUAUUCCGGUUAAACAGAUGGAUCAAUCUGAGGAGAAAGGAUUUUUAAAAGAUGGUCAAACCGAGGAAAAUCGGGCACCAAAAGUUGAGAAGAACCACAGUGAAAUGCAUUUGAAGCAUACAGAUAAGAAAGGUGAGAAGAAACAUUUGGAAAACAAUAGCAAUGGGCAGUCUUCCCAUUCGAAAACAUCAAAGUUGCCCCCUGUUUGUCUACGUGUUGAUCCACUGCCAAGUCGAAGAACCAAAAGUGGAAGCUCGAGGUCUCCAAGUUCUCCAGCAAACCAAAAAAAUCCAGAUAUGUUGUCACGCGACAACAAGUCUUCUUCCUCAUCAACUGUGCAAGCAAACAAUCAGCAAGAUGUGCAGUCCUCUGCAGACUCAGAUCUAGGCAGACUUCAGAACGAAAAAAAGGUAAAAAAUAUUGAAGUACUUGACAGUACGGAGAGUAACAUUAAGAAAGAAGCCUGCAAAGAGGAUUUAUCUCAGUCUUUCGCUGAUGCUUCAGCCUCUGACUUGCAAGAGAAGGUUUCAAGCGGUUCUGAAGAAGGAAAGGGUGAAAAUAGUGAUCAGGAAAAUUAUGUAGGAGUUAAAGGAGUUAAGGAUGUGGAUAACUUAUCUGAAGAUCUAAAAAAGGAUGAAGAGCUAACAGUUGAGGGUCAAUCUGGUGAUGUUAAAGGUGAAACAGGAGCUACUGGAGGGCCUUUAGAUACGAGGGAAUCUGAACUGGGAAGUACCAAUGGAGCACCAUGCCAGAAGUUCUCAGAUGCUGAAGCAGCUGCAAUCAUUCAAUCAGCAUAUCGGGGAUUUGGAGUUAGGAGAUGGGAACCUUUGAAGAAAUUGAAGGAAAUUGCUAGAAUCAAAGGAGAACUGAUCAAGGUCAGGCAAGAUGUUCAAAAUCUUGUUUCCUCGGGUAGCGGGAAUGUUGACAAACAGAGGAUAUUGAUUGGAGAAGCUAUAAUGAACCUUUUGCUACAGUUGGACACAAUGCAGGGUUUGCAUCCAAGUAUUAGGAACAUAAGGAAAGCUGUAGCAAAAGAACUUGUUAGUCUGCAGGAGAAACUUGAUUCCAUUACUUUUCAGCAUUCUGAUGAACUAAAGGAAUCUGAUAAAUCCGAACACGUUGAAGAAAUUUCCGAGAGAACCGGUGAGGAGGACUUGGUAAAACCAGGGGAAGACAGACAUGAGCAAGAAACACCCUCUCCUAGUUAUGUGAAGUCUGGUGCAAUAGAACUAUGUCAAGACAAACCUCACACAGUGAUGGACAUGAACAUUAGCUCAGUUAAUACGGGAAAAUCAGAACUGUUGUUGGGCACAGAUGAAAUGGGCAGGGCUUUGGAAGAGAGAGUGCAAGAUUCUUCAGGUUAUGUGGACCUGAAAGAUCGGCAACUGGAGCCACUCGUUGAAGUAAGAGAACCAAGUGAAGCGCAUGAUGUUGGUGCGAAAGAGCUUCCUCCUCUGAUAGCUGUUGAAGAGAAGAUUAACCCUCCUGUUCAGUUACAUGAUCCAUCUUCUCUGGUCGACUCCAAUUGGUCAAGUAAAGAAGACGAAGAAGAUACUAAGGUAUAUACAGAAGUGUCAUCUCGUGUGUCUCAGCAGAAUUCUGAAGCUCAGAAUUUUGAUGAGGGCUUGCAAAUCGAUGGCGGUAGAUGUAUAGUCAAACCAGGUGAACUAAAGGAUCAUGACUCUUUUCAGGUCGAGUCGAAAGAGCUUCCUCCUUCCAUAAUUGUAGAAGAGAAACCUAACCAUGUUGUUGAGUUACAGAAUGCAUCUCCUCUGUUUGACUCUGGUUGGUCUAGUAAAGAAGAUGAAAUUACCCAAGUAUAUGGAGAGGUGCCUCUUCCAGUGCGAUGUCGACUUGAACUUGUUGAGGAGUCUGGUCUGAUUUCACUGGACAAUGAAGCCAAAGAAACUAGUGCAGAGGGGGAGCCACACAAAAAAUUGCUUGCUGAAUCUCCAAAUUUGUCAGAUCUGGAAGGCAAUAUUGCAACAGCAGUAUGUUCAGAAGGCUCUCCUAAGCCAAACAAUAAUUUAAGCGCCGUAGGAGAUUUAGAGAGAGGCAAGGAACUUAGUGGGGAUGACAUGCUUGGAGCAGAUUUUCUGGACUCAAUUGCGUUAAAGGAGAAACAUGUCAGUAAUAGAGAAGCAGUAGAAAAUGUAUGUGUUGUUGAAGGGGAUGAGAAGUCAGUCAAUAACACGCUGACAGCAACUGGCAUGGUUGACACAUGGGAAAUAUCUGACGUAAAAGAAGUAGCGAAUGCUUGUCAGUUUGGAAGGGAAGGGGAUGAUAAGCCAGUGCAUGACAGGCAGACAGCAGAUAAUGUCAGGGAUGAGGCCAAGGAAAUGCCUGGUAUAAAAGAAGCAGUAAAUGUUUGUGAGGUUGAAGGGAAUGAUAAGCCAGUUGAUGACGUGCAGGCAGCAGACAUUGUUGGGAUUGAGCAUUGGGGAACAGGAGAAGAUAAUGAGUUUGAAAAGGAUGUUGGAUCAGUUAAAAACAUGGAACUUAUUGGAACUUGUGGGACUGAAGAUGCAGUAUCUGGCGAGGUGGUCCAUCCAGAAGAGACCGGAAUCUGUAACAUUAAACAGGAAAUGGAAGAGGAUGAAAAUCAGGAUAUGUGGGAAGAUAAGUUUGAUAACAAGGAAAUCUGUCAAAAACACAGUGAUGGUAACAUAUUUGAGAUCCCGAGAGACGAGCAAUUGCUGGUGAAAGAGCUUGACACUGAGAAAGUCAACAAGCAACCUCACAGAGAAUGUGCAGCUGGAGAAGAGGAUUUGGCAGGGGAAGAGCUUGUUGCCGAGCUACCACAGAAAGAAGUUCCAGCAUCAUUGCCGAUCUUGGGCCAAAUCUCCAGUGUUACUGAAACAGAAAGUGACAAAAAGUUGGCCAUAGAGAACGAGGAGCUGAAGGAAGCGGUGGAGAAGCUAAUUGCAGCAGGGAAAGAACAGCUGACUGCCAUAUCUAGUCUGUCGGAAAGAGUGAAGGACUUGGAGAAGAAAUUAUCAAGAAAAAAGAAGCUGAAAAUGAGAAGACAGAAAUCUCCGGGUCAGUAUCUUCUUCAAGUGUAAUGCCUUGAAUGUACGUGUAAAAUAAGGUGCAGUGUGAUCUAUAAUGAAAACCAGUAUGUUUUAUGUAAAUGUUUUGUUGUAAGAGUCUAUCAGAAGGUCUGUAACUUGGAGUUGUUGGAUUUUGAAUAAAUUUACUAGCUUUUGCUUGUUCA